AGGGGUUUAUCUAUCUGGUUGGUCUCCCUGCGCGGUCUCUUGCAAAUCUGUAAAUCGGAAGAGAAGGAAUCGGGUCCGUAAAAUCCAUUGUUCUCCAUUCACCUUGAGUAUCGCCAUCUUCCCUACUAGCUUACGGCUUACUCUCUAUCCGAAUCCAUAAUCAGAAUAAUAAGAAAACAAAAUCAGCAGAAUCCGGUUGCCUACUGGGUGCUGGAGAAAGAAAUGGAGUGAUUCCGUACGCAAAAUCUCCUCUGGUCUGGGUUAGGGUUUAUCUUUCCCCCCGUAAGUAUCCCCAAUUCUUCACCGCCAGAGAGGGGGCAGAGUGAGGUUUCAGUUUUCACUGUGACUCUAUAAAGGGGAAAACCCAGAAAAAAAGGAAUUUUCCAGAUCCAACUAUUGAGAAUUGUUCUAGAAAAUCAAGAACCGGGGCUGUGCUAGGGUGGGUAGGUUCCAAACUGCACCGCUUCGUGAAAAAGAUUUAUCUUGGAGGGUUUUUGUUCUUGGAGGUUGUGAGAUUCCGGAAGAGAGCUAGAUGACUGUGGAUGAAGUGGGUAGCAGCUCCUCCUCGUGGACUUUUGAGCAAGAUAAGGCAUUUGAGAAUGCUGUGGCAACUUAUGCAGAGGAUGAAGCGGAUCGAUUUGAGAAGAUUGCUGCAGAAGUCCCUGGGAAAACACUGGAAGAGGUUAAGCAUCACUACGAGAUUCUGGUCGAGGAUGUUGAACAGAUUGAAUCUGGUUGUGUGCCUUUACCCAACUAUAAUUCUUCCUCUGAGGGGCAUAACAACAGUGAGUCCAGUCAAGGGAACAAGGGUUCAAGGUCAGAUCAGGAACGCCGUAAGGGAAUUGCUUGGACAGAAGAUGAGCAUAGGUUAUUCCUUCUCGGGUUGGAAAAAUAUGGGAAAGGAGACUGGAGAAGCAUAUCCCGGAACUUCGUGGUAACAAGGACGCCUACCCAAGUGGCCAGCCAUGCUCAGAAGUACUUCAUCCGGCUAAACUCGAUAAACAAGGACAGAAGGCGCUCGAGCAUUCAUGACAUCACGAGCGUGAACAAUGGCGAGAUUGCAGCAGCCCAAGGACCGAUAACCGGGCAAGCAAACGGCACUCCUGCUGGUGGCAGCGGCGGAGUAGGGCCUUCAGGGAAAGCUGGUAAACAACCGUCUCAGCAUCACCCUGGUGGGGGGCCUCCAGGGGUAGGGAUCUAUGGUCCUCCAACAAUAGGACAGCCCAUCGGAGGGCCAUUGGUAUCGGCAGUUGGGACACCCGUGAAUUUACCUGCGCCAGCACACAUGGCAUAUGGAGUUAGAGCGCCGGUGCCUGGGACGGUGGUCCCUGGGGCACCGAUGAACAUGGGUGGGAUGGCUUAUCCGAUGCCGCCGACGAGUGCUCAUAGGUGAUGUACAAUACAAACACAGAGCGAGGAUGUUAGCACAGAUGAGUUUAUUAUGGUUUUCAUUAAGUUAGAUGGAGGGGAAGUUGUCCAUUGUAGGGGUUGAAUAAGAACUCUUAUCUUAUAGUGGAAGCAAGCAGAAUGCUGUGAUUUUACUCAGUUUCGUUUAAUUCGUCGAUGGUAGGGGGGGGAUUAUGCUUCAUGCAAACAGGUGUGGAGCUGCAGCAGCUUUUAGAAGGCGAUGAUGCUGAUAAAUUCUGGGAAGCUGGUUAGGGAGAGAGGGCAGCAGUGGUAGCAAGCAAUUCUGUUGUGGUUUUAUUUUUGUUCUUGUUUUUUCUUUUUCUUUCCCAAUCCUUGCUUUGGGGUAAACUUAUAGUUAGUGGGUAUCAGACAGACAGACCAACCAUUUUAGAAGCAGCAGGUGCAGGAGUAGUGAAAUAGAUCUGUCUGUAUUAUUCCUUGGGGUGGAAAGAAGGGAGUUGUAAAGAAGCCAUUUUUAGUAUUCUGAGCGGCAUAGGCUGGUGGCAGU